CAAAUCUUCUCAAUGGGUAGCCAAAUGAAGAAGCAAUGGCCUCAAUUUGCUUGUGCUUUGGCAUUUUUCUUGAUUGCAACUUGCACUACGGCAUAUACACCAAAUUCUUAUGAAUCACCAACUUCAACAUACAAUAAAGUACCAACCACAGUAGCCAAAAGUGACGACUACAAGGUACCCUCAGUGCCUGAAAAGGAAUACAAGGCACCAUCUUUACCAAAGAAUGAUUACUACAAGAAACUAUCAGUUCCAGAAGAUAGCUACAAGAAGGUGCCAACUGUUCCAAAGGUACCCUCGAUGCCUAAAGAGGAAUACAAGGCGCCAUCUUUGACAAAAAAUGACUACUACAAGAAGCCAUCAGUUCCAGAAGAUAACUACAAGAAGGUGCCAUCAGUUCCAGAGGUACCCUCAGUGCCUAAACUGGAAUACAGGACUCUAUCUUUGCCAAAGAAUGACUACUACAAGAAGCCAUCAGUUCCAGAAGAUAACUACAAGAAGGUGCCAUCUAUUCCAGAGGUACCCUCAGUGCCUAAACCGGAAUACAAGGCUCCAUCUUUGCCAAAGAAUGACUACUACAAGAAGCCAUCAGUUCCAGAAGAUAACUACAAAAAGGUGUCAUAUGUUCCAAAGGUACCCUCAGUGCCUAAACCGGAAUACAAGGCUCCAUCUUUGCCAAAUAAUGACUACUACAAGAAGCCAUCAGUUCCAAAAGAUAACUACAAGAAGGUGUCAUAUGUUCCAAAGGUACUCUCAGUGCCUAAACCGGAAUACAAGGCUCCAUCUUUGCCAAAGAAUGACUACUACAAGAAGCCAUCAGUUCCAGAAAAUAACUACCAUAAGGUGCCAUCUGUUCCAAAGGUACCCUCAGUGCCUAAACCGGAAUACAAGGUUCCCUCUUUGCCAAAGAAUGACAACUACAAAAAACCAUCAGUUCCAGAAGAUAACUACAAGAAGGUGCCAUAUGUUCCAAAGGUACCCUCAGUGCCUAAACCGGAAUACAAAGCUCCAUCUUUGCCAAAGAAUGACUACUACAAGAAGCCAUCAGCUUCUCCUCCACCACCUUACUACUACAAUUCACCCCCUCCUCCUUCUCCAUCACCACCACCUCCUUACCAUUAUUAA